GAGCGAGAGAGAGCGAGAGAGAGAGCGAGAGAGAGAGAGAGAGAGCAGCAGAUGCUUCAGGAGGUGAAGCAGUGGAAACCUGAGUGUGUGUGACAGGUCAGAUCUCCUCUGGGUCAGAGGUCAUGGUUCUCCUGCAGAACAUCUCAGACAUGCUCUCUGCAGCGGUGGCUGCCUUUGGUUCUGCGCUCUUCAUCAGCGUCAGUGUGUUCUACAGGAGGAGAACAUUGUGGUCAGAACGCACACAGUUGUGCGCCUUCACUGAGAAGGCGCAGGAGGCGGAGCAUAGGAAGCGUCAGGUUCUCGUCCUUGGUCUGGACGGCGCCGGGAAAAGCAGCCUGCUGCGAGGUAUGGUUCCCGCAGAGUCCACGGCUCAGACACGUCACAGUCGUCCGACCCACGGCUUCAACUUCGUCAGUCUGGACACCGGCGUCUGUCGGCUGGACUUCCUGGAAAUCGGCAGCAGCGAGGAACUGCGACGUCACUGGAGCGAGUACGUGAAACACUCUCACAUCCUGGUGUUUGUGGUCGACUCCACUGAUCAACAGCGCCUUCCACUGGCUAAGGCUGAACUGCACCGCCUCCUGGGGGCGGAGCCCCGGCUGCCUGUGGUCGUCCUUGGAAACAAGCAGGACAAACCCGGUGCAGUGAGUGUGUGUGAGCUUCAUGACGCUCUGAGUCUGCACUCACACAACACGUUCCUCAUCGCUGCUCAGAUGCAUUCAGAUGAAGCUCUGAAGAACUCCUGCUGGAGUCCGGACCAGGUCCAGGAGCUGCUGCUCCUGCUCGUCUGAGGCCAGGCCAGGCCAGGCCAGGAGAGGCGAGGCCGCUCCUCCUGUAGCAGCUUUCAAUGUCAGCAGACGAGUUGAAGGACGAGGACGAAGG